AUGAAUACCAGCGAAACCAAGCUCGUGGAACAACUAUUCCUAGAUUUCUCCAUACAACAUAUCCUUCGAAAUGAAACGAACCGGUUCCCAAUCGUCGAGCCAUGGGCUAGCGACUACGUGAAUGCGAUACGAGAAGGAAGAUAUGGGGAUGCGGUAUGGGCACGCUAUCAUAUUGCUGGUGAUGUUGGUGUGCAUGAUGGUAUUAUCGAGGGUACAGAUAAGACUGUGCUUGAGAUGAUUGAGGAGGAUGCUUUGGGUUAUAAAGUGGGGGACCCGGAUAUAUAUGAGGAAGCGCUGGCUUUUUACGCCAGUACUAAACCGACGGAUGGGCAUCCGGAAGUAAUUGAGAUUAUUAUGCGGAUUGGAAGGAAGGAUGUGAGGGCUCUGAGGGCUCGACUUGAAGCUGAAUAUCGGGCGGAUGUUCUUGCUGAUCUCUGA